AUGGCUCCCACAACACAUUCCGCAUUUCUGGACAUGCUUCCGCCCGAACUCCGUAUCAACAUCUACUCGCACCUGCUCGUCGCCUCAACGCCCCUCAAAGGCCAACUCGCGCGACAGGACAAAACAUACGACCUGCACACAGCCAUUCUGCGAACAAACCGACAAAUUCACCACGAAGCGCGAUCCGUCUUCUUUGGCAAAAACACCUUUUACAUCACAUCCAUCCCACCAUCUCAACCGGGCGGAGACCACGAUGACGACUACGAAGAAGAAGAAGGGUCCGGAGCCUUUGAGCCGCCACUGCAACUCCGCGAUCUCCCACUCGUCCGGCAUCUGGAGAUAGAUUUGCUCUACUACCCACGUAGCAUGCAGACGAUUCGCGACCGGCGGACGGGCAUCUGGAAACCCGUGUGCGUCGGUGCGCAGCGCUAUAGCACAAGCUUAUCUUAUCUCCUUUCCGCCGUCGAAACGCGCCUGCUGAGUCUCAAGCUGUGCGCUGACACGCGGCGGUAUCUCGAUGAGCCUGCUGUGGUUGUUGGCAUUGGCAAUGAUAGUAGUAGCAGCAACAAUGACGACAGGGUAGAGGCCCAGCGAAUACUAACAGGCUUCUACAUGGCCGAUGCCAAUCCACUAUUCCGCAAGGCGCUAGCGCGCCUGCACGUCGCUGACAUGGCUCUUCAUUUCGACUUUCCGGAAAGUUACUUUGACUUUGUUGUCCUGAAGAAGGUCUUGUGUCGCCAGAACUUGGUCGAGCUGGCGGGCCAGGUGCUCGAUGUCAGGUCAGACAUCCGCUUCAAGACCGCUGCUAAGCAAGAGGCCGGCGCCGACGACGCAUACGACAUUCCCGACCAGGGCGCUGUUACCUUGAUACCCGCGUUUUCCUCUUCCCCUUCCGUCUGA